AUGCUUACUGAUUCAGAUAUAGUGGAAGAGACUGCAUAUGUAGUUCUUGAUUUAGGACAAGAAGUGAAUGCCGAGACUCUACGCAAAGAAGUACUCGAGCAUAACGGUAUAUCAUUAAUUGGUAUGGACUCACCCAAGCCAGUGCUACGAAUUGGAAAUUGGGUAUUUCAAGGCGAGCCUGAUAUAGUUAUCGGCACUGAUUUGUUAUUUAAAGUAGCUGCAGCACCACAAUCUGAAUUAGUGUCAUCCUCAGAUCAAAGUCCUCAAUCUAGCACAGACCAGUGGAAAAGGGAAACGCCAACUAAAGCACCAAAGAUUCAUCAUAUUGGGGAAGUUCGACGAAUUGUCAAGUUCAAUAGAGUGGAGCUAAAACGAUCACAUCAAUAA